AUGGAGGCGGGGAGCGCUGAAGAUGCACUGAAGCGGAUGCUAAAUGACUACAUGGAGGCAAUGAGGUCAAACCUGCAGGAGAAGGAGAGAGACUUUGUUUCGGAAAAGCGAAAGUCGUCAGGGAUGGAGCUCGAGCUCCAAAUGCAGAGCGAGAUACUACAAGAAAAGGAGAAGGAGAUUUCUCAACUGAUUGCCUUGAACCAGAAACUCAACGAAAAGGUUGCACAUUUGCAACAUGAAUGCGCUUCAUGCAAGAGUCGUCUUGAUUCAUACUUGAUUAAGAAUUCGUCUCUUGAGAAGAAUCUAAUUGGGGUACAACAAGAGCUUGACCAAACAGUGGGAGAGAACGAAAUUCUCAAGGAUGAAAUAGAAAAUCUAAGAAGUCUGUUCAAGUCCAGCACUCAGGAAUCUGCAAUAUUUGAGAUGCAGUUAGAGGAGGAGGUGAUAGAACUGCGGCAGAGGCUCUCCAUCGUGAUGAAACAAAGCAAACAUGCCGAAGCGGAGGCAGAGAAAUUCAACAAGUCAGCUUCGUUGCUGUUCCAAGACUGGCAAAAAGCAGAAGAGAGGAACAUCAUACUCAAUAAUCAAAUUACAAGAUUGAAAGAUGUCAUCUCAAGGCAGAGCCAUGAUCUCACGAAACUUGAAGAAGAACGAUUCAUACAUAAAAAUGUUGAGAUGUCCAGCAUCGCACUGCAGGAGCAAGCUCGUGCAUACGAGGCCGGGCUUAUGGAUGAAAAACAGAGAGCUGAUUUCCUGGAACGACAGAGUCAGGAGAGCGCGAAGAUGCUUCGAGUCCUCAGCCAACAAUUUGGAGAUCUGUCGGCACAACACGACAGAUUACUAAGCAAGUGCGAGGAUUGUCACAUAUUCUUACGCAUGCUGCUGCCUUCUCUCAGUCACAUCUUGAAAGAGCUGAAGAGCAUGCAGAGAGAUUUGGAAGCGUACGAGUCGUACAAUGCUGACGCGAUGAUCCGGGAAAGCCUUCUAGACUUUCUGAAGUACGAAUGA